AAUGAAUAUUAUAUUGAUUUCAUCAUUAAUUUACCUUACAUUACAAUAAUGUACAGAAAUUGGAGUUGCCUAAUGUAAUGGUUAGCUUAGAUCAGGUAUAUAAUCUUUUUUAUACUUCAGGCUUAUUACCUACUUAUUUAUUCGAAAAAGCAUUUUCAGUGGGUUUUCCAAAUAAAUUUUCGACUCAUGUUUAGAUUAUACAGAAUGGAUGGAAUUUAACAGCUUAUGAAUUUUUUUCAGAAGCAUUAAUUGAUAAUUAAACAUACACAGGAUAAUAAGGAGUUGGUGAGGGUGGUUAGAUUACAGUUUCUAAUCCAACUAUUCUGAUUGAAGUUGUUUUUUUAUUUUAAAAUGGAACUAUUUAAAAUGGAUAAGGAGUUGCUAUUCUAGAGAGUGUCUCUUCUGCAUCAUAUACAUUUGGAAUCACUACAAAAACAAAUCCAUAUAAAUAUAAUUUUUAGUAUGUGAACUCAUCUGUCAAUUUUAAUAAUUCUUUAUUUAAGGCUGUAUAUGCUAAUUUUCCACAUGAAAUUGGAUAAAUUCAAGAAAUUCUUUAAGCUAUCAAUACUAAUCCAUUAAUUCAAACAGCUUUAACUUAGUAUUACACUAGUUCAUCAUUAUCAAGUCUAAAGUCUACCUUAACUAGAGAAUUAAAUGGAUUUGAAAUUAUUAAAGGUUAAACUUCAACUAAAACAUAUCAAAAUGGUUCAUUAAAUUUCAAUUAUUAAGUUGUUGUCAAUAAUGUAUUAAUUCAAUAUGCUCCUGUAUCAUAUGCUAUAUCAGCUGAAAUGAACAUUUAGUAAUUAUAAACUUAAUAUACUUGUAAUUAACCAAUCAAUACAGUUUGUACUGCAGCAUCAAAUACUAAUAUUGAAUAAAUUAGUAUGGAUGAAAUAAUCAAUACAUUCAAUUAUGCAUUUUAAUAAAACUACUUUCAAACUACAUUGAAUGCUUUGUAUUGGAAAGUUCCUUAUUUUUCAUGGACUACAGGAGGAUUAUAAUAUAUCAUGAAUAAUGUUUAUACUUCAUAUGCUUAUGCUUCUUAAAUUGGAGGAACAUGUAUUGCUACCUCAGCUAAUUAUGUUUCUUAUAAUACCAAAUACUUUACUGUAGCAAUGACAUUUACUUGUAAUUUAACGGUCAAUCCAAAUCCAAUUUUAAGUUUUACAGUUGAUUUUGAAGAAAUUUAAGUAGAACUAGAUUUUAGCAAAAUUAAAGAGUAAGCUGCUUUCAAAAUAAAAUCGGCUAAUCCUUCCAACAUAACAUUAUAACCUUAAGGAAAAUAUACUAUUGAUAAUUAAGAUCUUAUAUUAUGGUAUAUAUUUAUAAUAAAUAUUUAGGUAUAUUUAAGAAGCAAUAGAUAAAUCAUUUGUUGGGUAAAGCUUUUUCGCUGGUUUAAUUGAUUCUUAAAGAAACAUAGAGAGUGAGGAAAUUACAUAUUAAAUAUUGAAUGGAAUCAUUACAAUAACUAAUAGUAAUAAAUGA